AUGAACAAUGAGCGAUUGCCACGAUGGAAGUUUCGAAAACAAAAGAAGCUGGAGAAGAGAAGAAAGCGUCGACAAGAGGUUACCUCUAAUAGAAUAGAACCAGAAAGCACAGUUGAUCGUGAAGAGUAUGAGCAGCAAAAGGCUCAAUGGGAAGCUAAUGAAGUAAAGUACAAGAUUAUUGAAACAGCCAAAAAGAAAGCAAGAGAAAAGGAGGAAGAAGCUCGAAAGAUAGCCCAAAAAAAAUGGGAACAGACACUAUUAAGUCUACCCUUGAUACCUUCAACAACAACAUCUAAAAAAGAAUUUAGCUUGAAAAAGACAACAAAUAAUAAUCAACUACUCAAGACCUUUGUUCGAUCUAACCAAGAAGAGCAAAUUCCAAAGAGAAAAACGUAUCGGGAGCGCUUCUUGGAAAAAAAAGAAAGACAAACAAACGCUUGA